ACAGACUCCUGCUGUCAACAGCGCACCAAGGGGAAAUAAAAAGGGAUUUCUAGCGGUUGUUGCAAAGUUCCGCCAGCUUCGUAGGAGCGCCCCCCUUGGAAAGUUUCCUUGUCUCAAAGUGUUGGGUGGGGGGCAGGACCAUCGUUGCAACUCAGGCUGGACUGGGCUUCUCUGAGUCUUUCUCCUUCCUGCCCCACCCCUGCUGAAUGAGUGCUUUUGGGCUGCAGUUCAUCAAGUCUUCUUUGGAUGCAUUUCCUGGAAAAUGGGAGCAGGAGCAAUCACUGUUUGCCAAAACAAGGCCGCAGUCCGGUUGAAAGAGGACGUGAAGAGGAUUAUGGCUCAUCCCCUCAGCACACAGAGAGCCUGCAGUGCCGGCAAGGUGUUUGGAGUCUCUCUCCAUGACCUCCAGCAACGAGGGCAGAUGAUUGAUGGGGUCCCUUUGGUCGUGCAACACAUGGUGGAGUAUCUGCAGGAAUAUGGGCUGGACCAAGAAGGCCUCUUUCGGGUGAAUGGAAACGUGAGGGUGGUGGAGAGACUGCGGCAGAGGUACGACAUGGGGGUGAAACCAGAUCUGGUCCAGGAGGCCGAUGUCUGCUCAGUCGCCAGCCUACUCAAGCUGUUCCUGCGGGAGCUCCCCGACUCACUCGUUGUCUCCAGGCUACACUCACAGUUCAUGCAGCUCUAUCAGGGCCGCAGCGGAGAUCGAGAGGAGUUACAAUGGCUCCUGAGGCAGCUUCCAGAUGUUAACUAUUCCCUGCUGAAAUUCCUGUGCCACUUUCUGAUCCAGGUGGCUGCGGACCAGAAGACCAAUCGAAUGACCAUUUACAACCUCGCCACAGUAUUUGGCCCCAAUGUAUUCCACGUUUCCCCUGGUAUUGAAGGAAUAAAGGAACAAAAUAUUUCCAAUAAACUCAUGACCGCACUGCUGGAGAACUACAACAUCUUCUUCGAGAAUGUAGAUAAGAUGGAAGCUCCACCUGAAGUUCAAACCAAGGUGAUAACUGUGCAAGAAGCCUCUGGUGGCGACGUGGCCUUCAGCUUCAGACCCUGUCCACUGCCUCCAUGUGAUCUAACAGCUGAAUCGAGAUCCCUGCCAAAGAGAAAGAAGACCAAAAAGACAAGGCUGGAAGGCAGACCAGGGUCCUUCCCUGUCCCCCAGCCUGAGUACUCGAGUGGGACUCCAGAAACGGCCCGAACACUGACUGUCAAAAGCCGCAGUCGAGAGGGGAUGGAGUCGUCAGAGGAGCUGGAAUCCAGUAUAAAAGACCUGGAGAUAAAUAGCAGUUCUCAAGAUGAUGAUCGGCCGAUGUCACCGUUUUAUUUAAGUGCCCACAUGCCUUCAGUCAACAGGAUAUCAGCAGCCGGGAACCUUAUAGAAAGGGCUAUCCGAUCUGCAGUUGAACAACACCUCUUUGAUGUUCAUGGUAGUGGAAGUCAAAGUUCAGAGGAAUCUGAAACGGCAACAUCUUCGUCUACAGCAGCAGUCUCUGCGCGACAGAGAAGGAGACAUCUAAAAGAGCAGGAUGAAUACUGGAGAAGCAAGGAAGUGGACAGCAUCAACAAAGAGAAUAUUCCCUGUAACAGCGAGGAGGGAAGAUCGGGGCUUCUGGAACCUUCCCAGGCCAGUGAUAAAAUGCUAAAAGAGAGCAAUGGCAGUUACAACGAGGAAGGCAUGAAGCCAAAGAGGCAGAAAGCAAGUUGUAAACUCUCUGAGCUAAAUGACAACCAGGAUUCUCCAAUGCAGCCCAUGGAAAGCAGCAGCAACAUUUCGACAUCCUGGUCUCCUGAUCUAUCCCUUGGAAUGUCAGGGCCUGGGGGAGGCCUAAAUUUCCUGACCCAGCCAGAAGAUGCAACUGAAAGAGAGAGAAAAGAAGGCACAAAAUCAUUCUCUGGUGGGGAGCCUUGCGAUCAUAUUAAACUGAGUCUGAAUUUAGCCAUGAAGAUCCAAGAACCUCUGAGCCAAAGCGACGUGGCCAAAGCACCGAGGAAUUCUGAAGCAGCCACGCCAGAAGGGAGCGCCACUCUAGAGAUACCCCGUUUGGAUUUGACUGGCCUCACCGAGGGCAAGGAAUGGGGAGAGUCCGUCUCGGCUCCCCUGGUGUGGCAGACUCCAGAUGCUGAGUCCGAGGAAGCUCGAGUGUCGCCACAGGCUGGCCGGCUGAUUCGCCAACUGCUGGAGGAAGAUUCCGACCCCAUGUUAUCACCUCGCUUCUACGCCUAUGGUCAGAGCCAGCAGUUCCUCAAUGAUACAGAAGUACCCCCAUCACCCCCUGAUUCUCAUUCCUUCAUGAGGCGUCGGAGCUCGUCCCUUGGCUCCCACGACGAGGAGAGGGAGGAGCUGACCCCAGCGCAAAUGACCCGGAGGAUCCAGAACUUGAAGAAGAAGAUCAGGAGGUUUGAGGAGAAAUUCGAGGAAGAGCGGAGAUACCGUCCUUCGCACAGCGACAAGGCCACGAACCCAGAAGUGCUGAAAUGGAUGAAUGAACUCGCAAAGCUUCGCAAGCAGCUGAAAGAAACCAAGCUGAAGGUCUCCGAAGAAGGUGUUGUCCCCCAGAUGAGGCAGCGCAGCAACACCCUCCCGAAAAGCUUCGGCUCGCAACUGGAGAAGGGGCCCGAGAAGGAGCCGGAUAAGAAGCCGGAGGCGGCGGAGAAGGCACAGAAGCCGCCGGUGGAUGUGACGCUUGACGCCAUCCUGAAGAAGCUGCAGGAGAAGCGGGCCGAGGUGGCACGCCCCGAAGAUAUCAAGGACAUGACUCGAGAUGAGAUCGCUAGUGAAAAAGUGGCUCUGCAGAAGGGUCUUCUGUACUAUGAGAGCAUACACGGGCGACCGGUCGUGAAGGCUGAGAGGCAGAUAAUGAAACCUCUGUACGAUCGUUACCGCCUGUUGAAGCAGAUCCUAGCAAGGGCGACCGCCAUCCCCGUCAUCGGCUCCCCAUCGAGCAAGCGGCGAAGCCCUUUGCUGCAGCCGAUAAUAGAGGGUGAAACAGCUUCCUUCAUCGAGGACCUAAAGGAAGAGGAGGAGGAUGGCUCCGAAGAUGACUUCAACACCAAAACUGACUUUGCCGUCACUGGCAAGUCGGCCUUCACCGUACGGAGCUUCCUUGACCAACUUGACGACGACACCGAUGGGUUUGUGUCACCCACAGAUGACAGGCCACCAACUCGAUGCAACCUUGACCUGAGGCUCUCAAACCUGCACUCAGCCUCUAUGCCAGAACUUCUAGCACAACUGCAAGAAGCCCGAGCUGACAAGAAGAGGCUUCGCAAAAGCCUGAGGGAUUUUGAAGACACAUUUUUUCAGGAAAACGGAAGAACUGUUCAGAAGGAAGAUCGUGCACCCAUGGCUGACGAAUACAGUGAAUACAAACACAUCAAGGCAAAGCUGAGGCUGCUGGAAGUGCUCAUAAGCAAGCAAGAUCCAUCAAAGGUCCUAACUACGCAAGUUUCAGAGGUGUACAGGAAAAAGUGGAAAGAAAAUAAAGCAAUGAAUAUUUCCCUCCUCAUCACAAACUGGAGUUGUCCUGUUAACCCAUCGAUAUCUUCAUCCCCAACAUUGCAGAUCACCUCCAGUAGUGAUGAUUAUGUGAUAGGUAUCUCAACACCAUGUUGCAUUUACAGCCUCUGGCCACUGGGAGCUGCCAGAGGGCCAUCAUGAGCAGGAGGUUGCAAUGACAAUUAUGAGUCAUUUUCUAUUCUGAAUGUAGACACAGAAAUGCAAGUGAGUACAAUAUGAACAACUUUAAACUGGGAACCGGGGGAAAAGGCAAGAAAAUGGAAUUGAGGAUUGUCAAUCAGCCAUGAUCUUACUGAAUACACAGCAGAGUCAAUGGGCUGAAUGGCUAACUUCGGCUCCGAUGUUGUAUGGUCUAAUUGAAUGAUGUCAGAUCAGAUCACUCUGCAAUGUUUCUCUGACGUACACUCUAACUUUGCACCCCACAUAAAAUUCUCCAGAUGGUAAAAUACUUGAGGAACAACCACAGCUUUUGGCUUCAUUUAUUUAUUUAUCUGUUCAAAAACGUCAUUUUACAAAAAGAAACAUACACAGAGCUGGAUUUAACCUGAAGGUUUCUCUCACAUAAGAAAUCAAAAGAAAGGAAACAAAACCUUUCAACUCAUCAAAAUAAAAAGACAAAAUUGAUCACAA